AAUGGAAAUGUCUACAUGAACAGCAUUCCCUUGCACAGCAUGUCAGUUGCAAUAUCAGGCUGGAAGGUAGCGCUGGCAAGGCUCCUGGACUCGGUCAGCUUCUCCGUGACCAUGCUUCUCCUCAUCCUCGGAGACCUUGCGGUUGGCCUGAGCUUGAGCCCUGACAUCAACCCCGACCCCUCGCUCAACGACUGCCUGGGUCGCGACUCUCCCAUUGCUGGCAUCAUCACCCUGUUUGUUCUCUCUGCCUUUGUCUUCGAGUUCUUGGGGCAGACCGUCAUCAAAAGAGAGUGGAUGUUCGUUCCCGUCGAGGUGUGGACCUACUUCGACAUCCUCGUCGUCGUCGUCAGCGUUGGAGUUGCUCUGUACAAGUUCCAGUUCGACUACAGCCUGUCAGCCACAGACCCAACCACUGACACCUUCGUUCCCCCCAUCGUCUCCUCGCCCAACGCGACCAUCUGCGAGCAGAGCAUCGGGAAGAAUACGGGAGUGAAGAACACGCAGAAGGCCAUUACAGCGUUCCGAUCGGCUCGUAUGGUCGGCAGGAUAGCAACGGGAAUUCGAAUCGUACGCGCCAUCGUUCGGGGAGCUCAGAUAGCUCGACGUCUCGGAUCGGAGCAAGGCAAAGUGUACAGAGGCCACAAGCAUCUCGUUACGAGUGUGAUCGUUGUACCUCCUUGCGAAAAGAGGGAGCAGGAUACGGCCGAGAAGGACUCGAGGCUGUGGUUUCAGAGGAAGUGGAGACUUUUCUCAGCGUCAGGGGAUCGGACAGUGAUCAUGUGGGACAUCGUCGGAAGAGACAUCGAAGAGAUGCAGCCACCCAAGACGCUGGUGGCAACUGUGAAUGAAGCAGCAGGCGCUGAUGUCGAGCUUGCACUCUAACUUUGAUGCAAUACAAGAAGAGUUAGGAAACG